CGAAAAAAAUCAUCAUGAACGGACCAUUGACAAAAAUUCUCUUGAUCACUCUUUGUGCACUUUUGGUGUCAGAGGCCACUGAUAAGGGCUUACAUAACAAUUUGUAUCAGGAAAUUGUUGCCAAAAACGCCGAAGACAACAUCAUCUACUCACCAUUUUCGAUCCAAGCAUGUCUCGCUCUCGCUCAUUUGGGUGCCUCAGGAGUGACUGCCGACGAACUUGCCAACGUAAUUGGUUACUCGAGUCAUUUCAAUCACGAAAGUCUCGCAAAAUUACUCGAAGACUUCGAAGCAUUAAAAGUUCUUCAAGUCGCCAAUAAAGUUUACGUCAAAACCGGCAGUCAAUUGAGCCCGGAAUACGAAACGAGUGUCAAAAAUCUCCUCAAAUCCAGCAUCGAAUCGAUCAAUUUCGCCGACAAAAAAUCCGCUGCCCGUCAAAUGAGCGCCUGGGUCGAAGAACACACCAACAACAAGAUCCAAGACAUGAUCCAACCAAACAUGAUCGAUGAACUCACAAAUCUCAUUUUAAUCAACGCCGUUUACUUCAAAGCCAACUGGGCAACUGAGUUCUACGACGCCCAACCUCACGACUUUACAAAUCACGAUCAAACCGUAAAUCAAGUCCCAUGGAUCCGAAAGAGUCUUCACCUCCCCUACACUCAUGACGCCAAAUUAUCCGCCAGCAUCGUCAAAAUUCCGUACAAAUAUUCCACAAACAUGUCCAUGUUCGUGAUAAUUCCCGACGAGAAACAAGGACUUGCCAAAAUCGAACAAACUCCCAUCAAAUUUUUGGAGCUCAACGAAAAAUUGGAAUCAACUUUCAUCGAUUUUGCGAUGCCCAAGUUCGAGUUCAAGACAAAAUUGGAUCUCGGUAAAAUGUUGAAGAAAAUUGGAAUGCCAACAGCCUUAUCGGGUGAUGCUGAUUUCUCGAAAAUGUUUGUGACAAAGGAAAAAGUGCCAAUUUCUGACGUCAUUCACGAAGCUUUUAUCAAAGUUGACGAGUAUGGAACGGAAGCCGGGGCAGCAACAGCUAUUCUUAUGUUAGGAUCAAGCAUGGCAAGUCCAAGUGUGAAAUUGGAAGCAGAUCGCCCAUUUAUGUUCGCCAUUGUAGCGGAAGGCGUUGAGACCCCGUUGUUCAUGGGAGCUGUUAAAAAUUUGAAAAAAUAAAAAAAAAAUGUUUUUAACAUUUUACAUCAAGCUCUAAAUAUUUUUUUAUUUUUUUUUCUUUCUUUCAAUUUUAUUUUUUUUUUACAAUUAAUAAAUAUUUAAUAACAAGAUUUUUUUUUCAACUUUUAGGUUUCAAUUUUUAAAUUAAAUAAUUUUUUGAGGGAAUUUUAAUUUAAUUUUUAUUUUUUUUUUAAAU